AACGUCCACGAAUCAUUCCGGUUGAAAUAAAAUUUCACCAACAGUAAAUAAUUCCGGCAAAUCAAGUUAACGAGUUCAACAGUAUUUAAUCCAGCAUGAGCACCACCGACGAGACCGCACUGAACGUGGCCGAUUUGACGGAACAGGAGAAGAACAAAACCAACGUCCGGUGCACGCACUGUGACUCCCUGAUGCUGAAGCCGGGCUGUGCAGAUUACGUUGAAGUUGAGUACGACCUGCCGGAACCACGCCAGAAGAAACGUCAACCGGACGCGGGCGGCGAACCGGAACUCGCCUGCCAGAAGUUGACGCGCUUCUGGGUGGUGGCGGACAUGUUCACCUUCGAGAACAUUGCCUUCUCGCACACGGUCGCCAACACCAAGUACCUGAUCUGUGCGGACUGCGAGAUCGGCCCGGUCGGAUACCACGACCUGGCCACGAAGCGGUGCUACAUCGCGCUGCAGCGGGUCAAGCAUGUGGCCUAGAGGGUGAGGGAGAUUUCUUUUUUCCGUUCCAGAAUAUAGAACCAAAGUGUUUGCUGAUGAUCUUUGCUUUGAGUGAAUGAUGUUUAUAUUAUAACGAUUAUUUUUUGACCUAACUACGAUUGAAAUAAAAGGAAUUAUAGAAAGACAAAA